AUGCAAGCCAUUACAGGUGAACUUCAGCGUCUUUUAAGACUAGAAUUGGAGCCUUUACAGUCUCGAAUGGAUAGAUUAGAUGGGGGUGGUUCCCAAUCUGUCCAUGAAGAGGACCAUGAGGAAAAUGAAGUUGAUCAGCCUCCGAGACAAAAUCUGAGGGGUCGUGCUCAGAGACGCACCGGUAAAGGUCCAGUGAGAACGUGGAAUGGAAUGAAACAAAUCAUGCGAAGGAGAUUUGUUCCUUCUCAUUAUCAGCGUGACUUAUUCCAGAAGUUGCAGACGUUGAAACAGAGGAGUAGGAGUGUUGAAGACUACUACAAGAAAAUGGAAAUGUCCAUGAUGCGAGCCAACAUUGUUGAGGAUCGAGAGGCUACUAUGGCACGUUUUCUUACAGGGUUGAAUUUUGAGAUUGCUAACUUUGUUGAAUUGCAGCAUUAUGUCGAGAAACAAGCACCACAACCGCCACUAUGGAUUCGAGAUCCAAGCGAAUCCAGCAAACCAAAGCCUCCCGUUGUUGAUAAUGGGCGUGGCAAACCACCAGUGGUGGCACAAGAACGAUCGAGAGAAAUUCUGUGCUUUAAGUGCCUUGGUCAAGGGCAUGUUGCUAGCCAAUGUCCUAAUCAAAUGACCAUGAUAAUGUUAGAGAGUGGUGAGAUUGAAUCUGAGUCUGAGGAAGACGAGCAUGACACCCCUCCAGUGGUUGUUGAAGAAGAUGAUGACAAUGUGCAGACGUUUGCCACCGGUGAAGCACUUGUUGUCAAAAGGAGUCUGAAUACCGAAAAAAUAGAAUUUGAAUAUGUGUUUCCGGAUGAAACACCUAAAGGCUUACCCCCUCUUCGUGGUAUUGAGCACCAGAUUGACUUUAUUCCAGGUGCCACGAUUCUGAAUAGACAAGCAUAUAGAAGUAACCCUGAAGAGACGAAGGAACUUCAACGGAAAAUUUCUGAGUUGUUGGACAAGGGUUACAUUCGAGAGAGUCUGAGUCUAUAUGUUGUGCCAGUGUUGUUGGUACCGAAGAAAGAUGGAACAUGGAGGAUGUGUGUUGAUUGUCAAGCCAGUGGAUAUCAUCAGAUUCACAUGAGAGAAGGCGACGAGUGGAAGACAGCCUUCAAGACAAAGCUAGGUUUGCACGAAUGUUCUAUUACCACCCCCUUAACUGGGAUUAUAAAGAAGAAUUCAGUCUUCUCAUGGGGUAAAGAACAAGAGGACGCCUUUCUGAAAAUUAAGGACUAUUUAACAAAAGCGCCUAUUUCAGCAUUACCUGAUUUUGAUAAAUUGUUUGAAAUUGAAUGUCAUGCUUCUGGGGUUGGUAUAGGUGCUGUUUUGUCACAGGAAAUGAGGCUCGUUGCAUAUUUUAGUGAGAAACUUAGCGGAGCAAUGUUAAAUUAUCUUGUUUAUGACAAAGAAAUGUAUGCACUAAUCCGGGCUUUGGAGACUUGGCAGCAUUAUUUGUUGCCUAAGGAGAUUACGAUCCACACUGACCACGAGUCUUUACGAUAUAUCACAGGUCAGCAUAAAUUGAACAAACGACAUGCUAAAUGGGUUAAAUUCUUAGAAUCUUUUCCUUAUGUCAUUCGAUACAAAAAGGGAAAAGAUAAUGUCGUUGCUGAUGCAUUAUCAAGCAGAUAUGCACUUUUGAGUUAUCUUGAUUCACAUUUGAUUGGAUUUUCAUAUAUUCGUGAGUUAUUCUUUAAUGAUCCUGAUUUUAGAGAUAAGUAUAAUGCUUGUGAGAAAGGUAUAGAUGGAAAGUUCUAUAGGCAUGAUGGUUAUCUUUUCAAAGAAAGCAGGUUAUACAUUCCACAGGGUUGA